CACAGCAACUAUCCGAUUGUACAAUACUGCCGUACAUUCCGUACAGAUUCGGACUGGUGGUGUACUUCGGUAUCUUCCCUAAAAAGCAUCGCCCAUCCCCGAAACUCUGCAAGUUAGCUUGUAGACCUCUCUUCAAGAUGACACCCUCUACAGCUAUAAAGCAGCAGCCGCAACGAAGCAUCUUGGAUAAACCUAUACUCAUAGCUAUUCCCAUCUUGAUCGGUUUAUUUCUCACUAGAUCGCCUUUCUUCAUGUCGGCUCCAGCCUUAGAUCUUGCGGCCCCGAAUGCGCAACCAUGGGCCGAUACGCCCAUUGCGUUGGUUACAACGCCGCAGUAUGAAACGAACAAGACCGACCUCUUCACCACCGGCGCAACCCACAUGGCGCUCCUCCACAACGCCAUCCUCCGCGGUUUCAACUCCGUCUACCAACAGGCCCCGCACAUCAAGCCCGCCGACAUCCCCAACUUCAUCGGAUACAGCCUGACCUGGCACAAGUUCGUCGUCUCGCACCACGACGACGAGGAAGUGACGCUGUUCCCCAAGGUCGAGCAGGUGCUCCAGGACACCGCCAUCUGGGAGGGCACGCACAAGGAGCACGAGGCGUUCCUCGGCGGGCUCGCCGAGUUCGCAAAGUACCUGCGGGCCGCGCAGGCGAAGCCCGACUCGUUCGACGGCGCCGAGCUCGCCCGCAUCAUGGACGGCUUCCGCGACAGCUUCGCCGACCACUUCCACAGCGAGAUCCAGACCAUCGCCGCGCUCGCCGACCACCCCAACGCACCAACUCUCGGAACCCCCGAGGCGGACCUCGCGGCCGAGACGUUCAAGGCGUGGGGCAAGAACACGGUGACGAAGGCCGGCACGCUCGAUGUCGUUCCGUUUUUCCUGCUCAACUUGGACGGCACGGCUGAGGAGGGCAAGUGGGAGAAUUGGCCCCCGAUUCCGGCGCCGGUGAAAUGGGGAUUAGUUAAUAUUGCGGGCGCGUGGCAUGCGAGGUGGUGGCAGUUUAGCUCUUGUGCGGGGGGGAAGCCGAGGAAGUUGUAUGCGCUACAGUGAGGUGUUGGGGGGAGACUACUAAAGCGGGUGGAUGAAGAGAUAUGAUACCCUGAUAAUUUGAUCAUGCACACUGCACUUACCUGCUUGCUUAGAAGGAUAUACAGAUCGAACACAGCGGGUGGGACUUCUAAUGUAAUAGUUCCUGUCGUUACCUUAAAGUCACAGGGAAUCACGACCAGUUAUG